CAUUCAGAUUUCAGUUAUCAUUCCGUCAAAUCAUGGUCUAAUCAUUUCAAACUGACGGAAAGUCUUCCGAUAAUAUACCUCACUAUUCUUGAAGACUUGAAGAUUCCAAUUCAUAUUUUUUUACACUAUAUCAUUCAAAAUACUAGAAGUGUAAAAUUAUAAAAAUUAUUAACGUUUUGAUUUCCUAUAAAUAAAAUGAUAAUUUACAUUUCGACAACGAAUCAUAAUAAUAUCACUGUGCUUAAAUAAUUUUUAAACCAAUGUUAAAAUAAUUUUAUUUUCCAAUUUUGAAAUUUUAUGUUUUACCUAUAACAUGUUAUAAUUCAGUAAACAUAAAUACAUAAUGGAACUCUCCUUGAAUUUUGAACAACUACAACUAAAAUCUGAGUAUUUACACACUAAUUCCAAACAUACACACUUUCAUGAGAAUAGUGAAAAUGAAUUGUUUGUUUCAUGGGACGAUUGUGUCAUGGUUUUAUAUUCAUUAGAUGGUUUGCCUGAAGCUAGUCUUUGGAACCCCAUUGAACCUAUGAUUGUGCCAAUAAGUAAUCCAAUAAUAACAAUAUUAACCUUUAAUUCAAGAAUGUAUUGUAUUGAUAAAAUUGGAUCUAUAUAUUAUCUAAAACAAGUUCAACGAGAUUCUCCAGACUUAUUUGAUAGUUCCCUGUCUGCUCAAGUUACUCAACAGCCACCGUCCUCCAAUUAUGAGUGGAAACCCUGCUACUCUCAUAAGUGUCCAUGUGAAAUAUUUGAAGCAACUUGCUAUUCAGAUGGAAUUGCUGUAAUAAUAGCAUUAGAAGAAUGGAUAAUAAUACAAAUGUUAAAAAUUACCAUCAAUGAUAAUAAUGAACCAACUAUAGUCAAUACUUGUAACAAACAAAUUAGAUCUCAGAAACCGUUUCCAUUUGUAGUUACUUCGUUUAUAUCUUGUAUUUGGAGAGAUUGGUUCAGUAGCCAACGGGCUAUAGAACUUUUCGGAUCAAAUGUAAUUGACAGUCUAGAUGUCUUUAUAAUAGCAACAGAAGAGUCAAAAGUAUAUUGUACAACAUCAAAUGUGAUCAGUAAAAAUAUUUCAUUAUUUUUAAAUAGUCCUCAAAAAAUUGUACACAUUCAAUUUUGUGAUUUUGAAACGAAAAAAUUGGUGUUAGUGUCAUCUAAUGGAAUACUUAUUAUCAUGAACUGUGUUGAAAAUAUUCAUCCUUCGUUCAUUUACCUGGCAGUUACAAAAACGGUUGCUACAUUUAUUGUUCAUCAUACAGUGAUUUUAAGUGAUGGUAUCCAUUUAUUUCAAAUAACAUUGGAUAAACUAUUUUCUAAAAUAGUCAAACAAGUUGUAACUCAGUUGAAAGGAGUUAUCUCAUUAUGCAGAUUUCAGUCCAAUAUAAUUAUUGCAAUGACCCGAUUAAAUAAAGUGUAUAAAUUAUCUGCAAAACUUGAAGUGAUCACUCAAGAAGAACUUAUGGUUAAAUUUGAUGAAAAAUCAAUUUUAGAAAACAUAAAAAAUCUUUGUAAAAGUAUACAGUCUUUAGAAGAGCAACAUGAAAAUAUGAAUAAAUACAUAAAUGCAGUGUCUAUUGUUGCUCGCCAAGAUUUAGUUGCUCAAUUUUGUUCAUUCAACAUUUUAAUCUAUUCAGGUGCUAAAGCUGUCAAAUUAGGAGCUUGUCAAAAUGAAUAUAUUUUUGCAAUCAAACUUUCCACAGACUGUUCAUGGUUGUCAUUUCCAUCUUCAAUUUGGCAACUUUUGGUUCGUAUUACUGACAGUAACAAUUUGUCGUCAAAUUGUGCAUUACAUUCUUUUGAUGUUGAUCUCUUUGACAAUAAUCACCCAUUAAUGGUGAAACACCGUUUAUUGGCUACAGUUGCUGAAAAUUGUACAUCUGGUUUAGUACAAUGUGAAUUGGUGUGUCAAGUACAAAAUGAUUCAAUUAAUCGUUGUUUGAUUAUUCCUUUGAAUCCAAUAAAAUUGAAUUCGUUAUAUUUUGUCAAAGCUGAAAAACGAGAAAAGAUAUUGGUGAUGAAUCCUUUGGAAGAUAGACAUAAGAAUGUUUUUAAAUUUCCAGAAAACAUAUCAUUACUAGAUUGCUUAACUGUUAUUACAAACAGAAAUAAACAUAGAAUAUCAAAAUCAUUUUAUAAAAAUAUAAUUGAUAAUAUGCCAAAAACAUUAUAUUUGAAUUAUUUUGGAAAAAUAGUUUCAAUGGUUUUAGAUGACAAAAUUACAAAAACAAUCAUCCUGGAGUGUCUAAAUCAAGAUGUUUUAGUUGCAGUUCGUAAUGGAAUUUUUAGUGAACUUUCAAAUGAUCAACCAGCAAUUAUAAAAUUGUCAGUUCUUGCAGACGUACAAAAACAACUUUGUUUAAUUGAAGAAUUAUCAAUUAAAGAUCGCCAGAACAAACACAUUGUUAAAGAAAUUAAAACUAAUAUUCAAAACCAAAUCAGUAAUCAUCUUCCUAUAUAAUCAGAUUUUUAUUUAGUUAAAUAUUAUAAAUCAAUUUUACUUUUCAAUGAACUUACAAAAAUAAAACAAAUGUAUUGUUAAAUUAUUACUUGUGUAACAAAAACAUGAUAUUUAAGAAUGAACAUUUUAAUUUAUGUAGAUAACUCAUGAUAGGUAGUAUUUAAUAGUCUUAUUGUUUUAUUUGUAUAAUAUUAAAUAUUUAUUAUGACUUUCUCACAGGAAGUAAAUUCUAAUUUAAUUCAACUACCUAAUAUACUAAUUAAAAAAAA